AUGGCCGUGAAGAAAACAAAGAAAUCCGCCGAAUCAAUUAACUCACGUCUCGCUCUUGUUAUGAAGAGUGGACAAUAUAAACUGGGAUAUAAGAGUACGCUUAAAACUUUGCGUCAAGGAAAAGCUAAACUUGUAAUUAUCUCUGCCAACUGUCCACCAUUGAGGAAGCAUGAAUUAGAGUAUUAUGCAAUGCUUUCAAAAACUCCUGUACAUCAUUAUUCCGGAAACAAUAUUGAUCUUGGUACCGCCUGUGGUAAAUAUUUCCGCGUGGGGGUUUUGAGCAUCACUGAUCCAGGCGAUUCGGAUAUUCUUUCAUCCUCCAACUAG